GGCCUCUCUAACGUGGGGGCGGGGAGGCAUUGGGAAGGUAGGGUUUGGGGCCUUAGUCAUUUCGUAGUGAUCACGGGCUCCCUUGGCGUCUCCUGUCAGCCCCCGACCUCACCCCUAAACUUUGGACAUUUUCCCCUACGGUGUACCUAACCCCACUCCAACAAUCCCCAGACCCACCACAGUCCUUCCCCCAUUCCGCGGAAGCCACCGGCCGAGAGCCGAGGGCUCCUUUUGCACUGGUGCGGCGAGCGCGGGGUGCAGAGGUAACCCCGCUGUGCUGGGCGUGGGGUUCCCCGAAACGCCGGGCCGACUGCCUGGGAGUGGCCCAGAGCCCGGAGCCGAGGGCUGGGGAGCCUCCGCAGCAGGCCUGCCGCCCCCACACCCCGGAGGAGCGCCGUCCGCAGUGGGGCUGGUUUCCGAGGUGCUGAGCCCGGUUUGCGAUGUUAGCUUUUGUAGCUGAGGUUUCCGUGGGAUGGGGGGGGUGCCAGGCGGGAACCUCCUUCCGGCACGGUUGCGAGAUAGCAGAAUUAUGCCAGUAGCCGAAGAGCGGCUCGGGGUGGAGAACGGUUUUAGUUAAAGGUACAGAGCUUAGUUCGGACUCUGGCGAUUCAGAAACCCUAGGAUGGGAUCCGUUUGCAUCUGCGCUUGAGCUAUUAAUAAAGAUGUCUUUCUCCUUUUAACCGUCGCAGCAGAUUAUUAGACACUGUUGACCAGAAAUAAUAAAAGCCUUUGGAGGCCAUAUCGUCUUCACGAUCAUCUUCUUAGAACCCAUUUCUGUGUGUUGGGAUCGAAAAAGUACCAUUUUCAAAUCCAGAGCUAAGAAAAUACUGUGACUGUUGGAAAUGAACUUGAAGGAAAUUUUACACCUUGAAUAUGCAAAUUUCUACCCUUGCAUUAGUUUUUUUUAAAAAACGCCCGAAUUCUGGUAUUUGAUGCCUUUUUAAAAUACUAAAUUGUCUACUUCUUUUGCCUAGGUCUCUGUGUUGGUUGGUUGAAACAAACAAACAAAAAAAAAUAUGGCCUUCUACAGUUAUAAUUCAUUCUUAGCUAUUUUCUGGACAAGAUUGCCUGGCCAUUCCGUGCACCCUCCCUGCUCUCACUUCCCUCCACUUGCAUUUUUCCACUUGCCAGAUUCUCAUUUGCGUACAGCCUAUAUGAAAAACUGUGGAAGCAGGAAGUACUCCUACCCUGGGCUCACAGGCAACAAUAAAGUCCAUCCCUUACGAACCAGACUCCCCCAAAAACUGCACACGACUUGCUGGCUACAAAAUCACCCUGGUAAACCUCAGCCGGAGCAAAUCCCGGAAGAGCCAAAAGCGACAGACCCUCAGCCUACCAAAGAUGACCAGACCGAGGUUGCAGAAGGAAAGCGGUCCUUGAGACAGAAAAUCAUAGAUGAAGUUAAAUACUAUUACAAUGGAUUCAGUUUACUUUGGAUUGACACCAAAGUCGCUGCCAGAAUAGUUUGGAGGCUGCUGCACGGACAGGUGCUAACCAGACGAGAGAGGCGAAGGCUGUUGAGAACGUGCGCUGAUGUCUUCCGCUUGGUUCCAUUCGUGGUGUUCAUAAUUGUACCUUUUAUGGAAUUCUUGAUACCAGUGUUUCUGAAGCUCUUCCCAGACAUGUUGCCAUCAACUUUUGAAAGUGAAUCCAAAAAGGAAGAAAAACAGAAAAAGAUGAUGGGUGCCAAACUGGAAAUAGCAAAAUUCCUUCAAGAGACGAUGACAGAGAUGGCGAAGAGGAACCGAGUCAAGCUGGACGACGACUCCUCAGAUUCCUCACAGCUCUCCUCUUAUGUAAAACAGGUCCAAACAGGUCACAAGCCCUCCACUAAGGAGAUAGUUCGCUUCUCCAAACUCUUCGAGGAUCAGUUAGCCCUGGAACACUUACAUCGACCCCAGCUGGUCGCCCUGUGUAAGCUGCUGGAAUUGCAGGCCUUCGGCACAAACAAUUUGCUCCGCUUCCAGCUCCUGAUGACCCUGAGGUCUAUAAAAGCAGAUGAUGAAGUCAUUGCCAAAGAAGGGGUGAAGGCUUUAAGUGUGUCAGAACUUCAGGCUGCCUGUCGGGCCCGGGGGAUGAGGUCGCUGGGCCUCACUGAAGAACAGCUGUGCCAGCAGCUCACAGAGUGGCUGGACCUCCACUUGAAGGAGAACGUCCCCCCUUCUCUCUUGCUCCUGUCCCGCACCUUCUACCUGAUAGACGUGAAGCCAAAGCCUAUUGAACUCCCACCCAGUAUAGAGACUCCAAAGACAAACCUUGGGAUACCAUCUCUGCCCCCUGAGUCAAAGGAGGAGGACAUUACGGACCCUGCACCUCAGCUAAACGGAACGAAGGAUGAAGAAUUUAUACAGCUGCCCCCAGUACCACCACCCCUCAUAACACCAUCAGCAACUAUUUCCAAAGAAGCAGUAAGUAAUCCACAGAGAAACCUCUCUCCCCAGGUAUCUGGAAGGGCGCUGAGGCUGCGGAAUCAGGCCCACCGCAAACACUAGGUUCUUGCUGGCAUCCAAACAGGAAGGACUCUAGCAAUCUCGUAACUGCUGCCUUUUCCCCUCAACUAUCCAAAAGUAGAGGGGAGAAGCCAGCCCCCUGGUGGAGCAACCUGAGCAUGGAAGUCUAGGAGCUAAUUACACUAUAGGCAGAGCCUUGGUUUUUAUGUGCUGAAUGCAAAUGGUUCCCACAUGUUAUGUAGUCUACACAGGUUUCUGAUGUCAGGAAAUACAAGCAGGGAAACAAUUAAAGUUUUAGAAAAACACAUGUAAAUAGGAAAUUUCUGUGCCCACUUCUCCCAUUUGGGCCAAGUAAUUUGGGGGAGGCCAGAAAGCAUGACAGGCAAACAGGAGGAAGGUCACCCAGUGGAGGGAGUGGGUGGUUGGGGGAGAUGGACUGCAUGUGACAGGUCCACUGCGGAUAGUGGGUGAGCCUAUGGCUGGGUCGGCAUUCAGAGAGGCCCGUGCCUGUGUCUUCACCUUCAUCACCAAAGCAGUCACACAAAUCUGAUUGCGUGGCCGCUGCUGUCUGGUUGCUUUUCUUUGUGGAGGGGUGGGGGUGGAGGACGUUCACUCUGAAUGUAGUUCAGGCCUUCCUGGAUCUCAGGCCGGCUCUGCGACCUCACCAGCCUCCGGACAGGGAUUACAGUCAGGCGGGGAUCACAGGCAUGACACCCGUUGAGCCUGGCUUGUGGCCAUUAAUUUAGAAGGUCAAAGUGGAUGCCUGCAGAACUUAAGCUGCUUGUGACCAGAGCCUAAAGUCCUGUUUUAUACCCAGAUCCUCCAGGCCAAGUCUCAGGAGACCUCACAGAACAGCAAGGCUAAUUCAAAAGGAGCCUAAAGAUGCCUUGAAGAUGGGCCUCACUCUCUCCAAUCACUGCCAGUCAGCAGUGGCGUCCAUGAAGGAGUUCUAGCGGAGACUGUCUGGUUUGAGAUAAAGGAUCAGCCAUUAAGUCGUUGGAGGCCUCGUGACCAUUCGAGAUCCGAACAGUGACACCAAGUUCAGGCCACUUAGAGAAGCUUAAUUACAGCCUAUCUCUACUGUAUAAUUUUGUCAUCUUACUAAACGUUGCAUAAAGCCACUCCCACCAUGUUG